UAGACUGUCUCUCCAUUCCUGCCCACUUUCUCUCGAUUUCACGGUGCUCUUUGAUGCAUGUGCUUGCCAUUGGUCAGACCAGGGCGUCCUUUCGGAGACAGAUCCGUGCUCUGUGCAGGGCGUUGGGAGGACAAAAGUAAAGCAGGCAAUCAUGGCAAAGCCGGAAGACUCUGUGGUUGCUACCUUGUCCAAAUCGGCGGACGAGGCACGUGCGUGGUUCAAUGAUAAUGUGCGGGGACAGAACGAUCAAGUGGAUCAGGUCCUGAAACAAGUGGAUAGUGGGAGAGCAGCAGUAAUGGAGCAGGCUGCAAUUGCUACAAAAGUAGCUUCAGAGCAGGUGGAAGAAGCAAAGACCUUCGUGAACAAGUCCGCGGAAGUGUACAAGCAGUAUGAGAACCUUGUGUUCGACCACCUGCAAAAGGGUGUGUACUGGUCUUUUUCCCACCCUUUUGCGGCUGGUGCCUCCAGUCUCCUGCUCCUAUCAGUGGUGGCGAAAGGUCCCAGGCGCUUCCUGGUUCGGAACACAGUUGGACGAUUCUGGAAUGAAGAAGCGCUUCUCAGCAGUGCGGAGCGAAGAGUGGAAGCGCUGCGGCAGGACGUGGGGCUGCUGAAGCAAGAGCGAGAAAAGCUGGAUGAACGAGUAAAUCUCGGGUUGGUGGAGUUCCAGUCGGGGUACCAAAAGUUGAGAGACGCUGGGGCGCGGGUGUCAAGCUUAUCGAGGACGGUCAUGAAGACUGAGAACAGGGCGGCCGGUCUCAAAGACGAUCUGAGGGAACUUCCUGCAAGGCAGGCCAUCAAGUUACGAGCAGAUGUGGCAACAUUGGAAGCGGAAGCACACGCUUACCGGAAAGCUUUGGAGAAACGGUUAGCAAGCUUAGCUCGGCUACAGGUUCCAAUAUGAGCAGAAAGACUCCAGGAGCUUCGAUUAAUGCAUAGAUUUCGCCUUAUCUAAUUCUGGUUUUCAUGAGUUUGUCCAACCUGCCACGAUUAUGAUCGGAAGCACUAGCCAAAGAAGACUGACAAAACCAUAGCGACACCUUGGCCAAUGUUGAGACCGCUGGGGAACUUUGAAGCCGUUCAAUUGAUUGGCUAUGGGUGCCUCGUUUCGGAGACCCGUAUUUAGAGACCCGUAUCCCGAAAGUGCAUGAAGUAUACUACAAUCGUGGCACAAGUCAAUAUCACAAUUCUGUCAGCUCUAUCCUUCGAUCACGACUAGACUAAGAGGUUAGCUUGUGAUUGACAAUCUAAUAAUGUGAACUUAGUGCAUGGGCUGUUGAGACAUGUUGAGUUGAUCAGAUUCACUUGAGAAACGUUGAGUUGAUCAGAUUCACUUGAGAAACAAACAAAACGAGUCCAUCGACUAGCAAUUG